GCAUUGAUAAUGGACCCGGUUCCCCUCAUUCGUACAUUGUAGAAAUCAUCUCCCACCUGUUAAACACCUUAAUUGACCCUCAAUUUCAUCAUGAGCCAGGAACCCGGAUUCAUCGCAGCUGUGGAGGAAGCAAAGCAGGGUUACGCCGAGGGGGGAGUUCCGAUUGGCGCCUGUCUGGUGUCCAAGGACGGCAAGAUCCUGGGCCGAGGCCAUAACAUGCGCGUGCAGAAGGGUAGCCCUGUGCUGCACGCCGAGAUGUCCGCUCUCGAAAACUCCGGUCGUCUCCCCGCCUCCGCCUACGAGGGCGCCACUAUGUAUACCACUCUGUCGCCCUGUGAUAUGUGCACCGGCGCCUGCAUUCUCUACAAGGUGAACCGUGUGGUCAUUGGCGAGAACGAGAACUUUAUGGGUGGAGAGGAGCUCCUCAAAAACCGCGGCAAGGAGGUUGUCGUGGUGGAUAACCAGGAGUGCAAGGACCUGAUGGCCAAGUUUAUGAAGGAGAAGCCGGAGCUUUGGAACGAGGACAUCGCCGUCUAAGUCCAUAGAAAAUUUGCAUAUAAUAGCCCAAACAAUGCUGAAGGGUGCUUCAUAUUCCACCCGAUUCAUGUUCAUUUCUCAAUUGCUGA